UUUGGUGUUGAGCUUCUGUGGAUAGGUGCUGCCAUCCACCUGAACCUCUACCCCCUCUCUUUACUGGUUGGUAAAUCGAUUUCAGAAGUCCCUGCCAUGCUCGUUAUUGUUGGUGUUCUGAUAUUUUUCAUGGCACUCUCGGGGAUUGGUUCCGUUGUGAAGGAAAGCAUCAUGGCGAUGAAAGUGUUUCUGAUUCUGAUGAUUCUGAUUUUUCUUGUGGAAAUAAUGGUUGAAUUGUCUACCUAUAUCUUCAGGAGCCAGGUGUACAGUAACCUAAACAAUGACAUUGAGCAAUCUUUUCAAGACUAUGAUGAGAUAUCCACACAAGGACUGUUAGAUCAACUGCAAAUCAAGUUUCGUUGUUGCGGUUCUAACAAUUAUACAGACUGGUUGAAGGCUCCGUUUAGCCAGGAAACCAAGUCUGUUCCAAGGAGCUGUUGUAUCAAUAUCACAGAAUCUUGUGGAAGAGUUAUUUCCAACCAGACGUCAAAUAUCCAUUCCGUGGGCUGUACUGAAGCAAUAUCAGCUUGGAUUGAAGAGUACUUUUUAAUUAUUCGAGGAACCAGUGUCUGCUUUGCAUUUGGACAGGUUAUUGGGAUUUUCAUUUCGACUUUGUAUAUAAAGAAGCUUAAAGACAUCUACAUACCGGAUUACUGAUUGAAGAUCAUUGGUACUGAACUAUCUGGAUUGCUUUAUUUAUGCUUUUGUACAUCAAUAACACUGCAGUGCUACAGUGCUGAAUCUGAGAGUUUAGAAUAAUCUGCUGGUCAAAUUUUCAGGUUGUGCUAAAUGUGUAACAUAUGUGUUCUCUGGUUAAGUUGGCACUAAUACUAUUGUUAAAUGAGUAUUAUUGAAUAGUUUGUUUACAGUUUGUAUAAAUCUGUAAUAAUUUGUCAUAAAAGGUUAAAUAAAUGGAAAAUAGAAAACUUGCCCUUUGGACAAGCACAACUUUACGCAUUUGAGUAAUUCUUUCUUUCUGUAAAAUAUCCUGAGAUAUUUCGCUGAGGAACCUAUUUUGUUCAAGUUCAGUUUAAAAGGAAGGGA